AUGGCCUAUAGAUCCCAGGGCUUGGUUUUUCCCGAUUACGGACCUAGGUGGAAGUUGCUUAGGAAAUUAGGUGACUUACACAUUCUUGGCGUGAAGGCUCUUGAGGGUUGGGCCCCGUUUCGCACGGUUGAGCUUGGCUACGUGUUGAAAGUUAUGCACGAUUUGAGUUGUCGUGGUGAGGCAAUGGUGGUGGCGGAGAUGCUGUCGUUUGCGAUGGCAAAUAUGAUAGGGAAAGUGGUGCUCGGCCGGAGAUUGUUUGAGAAACAGGGUUUGGAGUCUAAUGAGUUUAAGGACAUGGUGGUGGAGCUCAUGACUAAGGCUAGGUUUUUCAACUUUGGUGAUUUUGUGCCUUCGUCUGUUGCGUCAUGGCUCAACUUUGGAGGAGUUGAGCUUGGGACGAAGCAUAUACGUAAGAAGUUUGAUGUGUUUUUAACAACGAUGAUUGACACUACAACAAGUUGGGGAAAUGCUAAGUUUCUUGAAAAAGGGAUCAUGAAAACCAUCAUGAAAGGAUCUGCACCGUCAGAUCAGAAUAUAUUUACUGCAGGCACAGAUACAUCAUCGAGCAUUAUUGAAUGGGCACUAGCGGAGAUGUUGAAAAACCCAAAAAUCCUAAACCAAGCUCAGGAAGAGAUGGAUCGAGUUAUAGGCCGAAACCGAAGGCUAGAGGAAUCCGACAUACCCAAACUCCCAUACUUACAAGCCAUAUGCAAGGAAACAUUUCGAAAGCACCCCUCAACACCUCUCAAUCUUCCUAGAGUCUCGGCCGAAGCUUGUGAAGUGAAUGGCUGCUACAUUCCGAAGAACACUAGACUUGCUGUGAACAUAUGGGCAAUAGGGCGAGACCCGGAUGUGUGGGAAAACCCACUAGAUUUUAUCCCUGAAAGAUUUUUGAGCGGAAAGAAUACAAAGAUAGAUCCGCUUGGAAACCAUUUCGAGCUUAUACCAUUUGGAUCUGGAAGGAGGAUCUGUGCCGGUGCUAGAAUGGGGGUUGUGUUUGUUGAGUACAUUUUGGGCACAUUGGUGCACUCUUUUGAUUGGAAACUAGCUCAUGGGGCUGCUGAGCUCAACAUGGAUGAAGCUUUUGGUCUUGCACUGCAGAAGGCUGUGCCUCUUUCGGCUAUGGUGAAUCCCUGGCUUCCAGCUAGUUUGUAUGUUGCAGCUUAA